AGAUUAGGCUGGGGAGAGCAUGGAAUUGAUGAUAUCAAGUCAGACCCUUAUUUUGAUACUAUUGAUUGGAAUAUGGUUCAGCAGCGGCAAUUGACACCGCCUUAUACGCCAACGAUUACUUCAGAGGAGGAUGUAUCAAAUUUUGAUGAAUCAUUUACU